AAGUAAUGUCUUAGUCACAGCGGAACCAUUUUCGGGAAUUUUAUCAAGAAUAUCGUUUUCUACUUAUACAAUUUGGCCUUGAUCGAAUUUUUUUUCGUAACACCCAACUUUAAUUUUUAAUAACAAAGCAAUAGUUUCAAAAUGGUGCCAGUUGUUAAUUUAGAAAGUGAUUUAAGAAGAGGGAUCCGUUGACCUAAAUCUCGUUCUACUCCUCGUUUCUUCUUUCUAAAAGGAUUAAUUCGCACUUAUGAAUGUCUGUGUUUUCGGAUUUCAAUUUGGUUUUUUUAUAUAUUUUUUAAAUGCAUUACACAAAAUUUAAACAACUUCAUCCCGUCUUUAUAAAUUCUACUGGAUUUUAUUUCGCUAAGAUUUAACGAGAUUAAAUAAGCCGUGUCAGUAUUGACUUUAACGAAGUAAUUAAAACACUCUGACGGAACUAUUUUCUUGGUCGGAGGUAUAUACGGUAAUUAGACUUUAUUCGAACUGCUUGUUUGGGCGGGAAACAAAAGGGACGCCAUCUUGGAAAAUGAAAUUUGUCUGUUAUUAAUUAUGUGGCUUUUUGCUACGAUUUUUAGCAAUCACCCGCCGGAUUUUACUAUACAUGUUGAUUGAAUGUUGUUAAUUAGAUAACGAAGAUUUAACUGCAUAUCGACAAUCGGAUUUUACUGAAAAAUAACAAUGUUUUACGCCCAUUUUGUACUGAGUAAAAAGGGUCCGCUGGCCAAAAUUUGGUUGGCGGCCCAUUGGGACAAGAAAUUGACAAAGGCACAUGUUUUUGAAACAAAUAUUGACAGCAGUGUUGAAGCUAUUCUCAAACCUAAGGUAAAAAUGGCAUUAAGAACAUCAGGCCACUUGCUUUUGGGAGUUGUACGUAUUUAUUCUCGAAAAGCCAAAUAUCUUUUAGCUGAUUGUAAUGAAGCUUUUGUUAAAAUCAAGAUGGCUUUUCGUCCUGGGGUAGUUGACCUUCCUGAAGAAAAUCGAGAAGCUUCAGUAGCUGCAAUCACCUUACAAGAAAAUUUUCAUGAUUUUGAUACUACCCUAGCAGACCUCAAUGAAAUCAAUGUACAAGCUCAAUUUUCAGUAAAUCAAAGUCGUCCUGAAGAAAUUACGAUGCGGGAAGAUUAUGGAAAUAUCACUUUGAUUGGUGAUGAUGGCUUUGGUGAUGUUGGGUUUGAUGAUCGAGAAAUACUGCGAGACGCCACAAAUCUAGAAGAGUCUUUGUUCAAAAGUCCUGACAUUACCAGUCCUCGGGCUCCUGAAGAAAUAAAAAGCAUUGAUGAGCCAGAGAAAUCAUUAGAUGUGGACAUGACAGCUCCUGUCACCAAUGAACUUGAUGAACCUAGCUUUAUGGAUGCUCCAGUUGAUGAUGAUGACGACGAUGAUAAUGGCAACAAUGAUGAUUUUGGAGGUGAAAUUGGUCAAGAAUUUCUCGAUGAUACAUUUAUGGAGCCUGGUGGAUUAUUUGAAGAUGCUCCUGUAACUGACGUUGGUAUGGAACCUGAAGAACCUGUAACUGAAACCGAGAAACCUCAAGAACCUGAAGCUGCUCCACAACCAGCUGAAGCAAAAGCUGCUCCACCUACAGAGCCUGAGACUCCUGCACCUGAAACUACUAGUGAAGUCAAUGAAACCACUGGUACUUCUGGAGAACAAACAACACUUGUUCAUAAUGAAGAUGAGGCCUUUGCUUUGGAGCCCUUAGAUGUCUCGAAUAUACCAGGUCAGUUUAGGCAAGAAAGAAAAGGUAAACGUAAGCGUAAGCUUAUUGUGGAUGAACAAAAAGGUAUUCCAAGUGAAACUAUGAAGCUGCAGUUAGCUGACACUGCAGACAUAAUAACUACUUUAGAUUUGGCACCACCAACUAAAAAGUUGAUGCACUGGAAAGAAACUGGUGGUGUAGAAAAAUUAUUUGCGCUACCCGGUCGACCCAUAAUCUCUAAAUUUACAUGGCGACUAUUUGGUAGAAACUUAAUUACUAAACCUAUGAAUACUGAAGAAGAGGAGGAUCACGAAGGAGAAAAAAUAGAGUUGGAAUCACCUGAGUUGGCUCGUGAUGAACACGAUCAACUUGUUCAGCCACACCAAAAUCUUCAUCUUCCUUUCCCAGCAGGGACACCACAAAUGCAACAGCAGCAAACUCCUUUACAUCAAAAUGCACAGCUAAAUCAUCAAGCACAAAUGACACCCCAACAACUGCAAGCGACCCUUCAGCCUACAAAGAGAGGUCAAGCGAAGGCAGAGGCAGCAGCGGCGGCAGCGGCAGCAGCAGCAGCUGCUGCAGCUCAAGCGACACCUGCCCCUCCAGUAACUCCUGCACCUCUUCCUGUUGAUUCAGAUGUUUUCCCUUCAUCGGACGUUUUAUUUACAUCUGAAAAUAUGAAGCCACCAGCUGAAGAAAAUUCCACUGUUGAGGAGCCAUCUGCUGUAUCAACUGAACCAAGUAUGCAAUCAACAUCACCAAGUAAAGCAUUUGAUAAGACUCUACCAGAACAAGCAGCACAGCCUCCUCAACAGGAUGAUCCUUCAAAUACCACAGAUCUUUUUUCAGGCACCUUUAAUGAUACAAUGGUUGAUAUUCCUGGUGACAAUGAUUCAGUCUAUCCUAAAGAUUUAGAUGAUGAACCCCCAUCAAUUGCACCACUUUCUGUUCCCCCUCCAUCAUGUGACCCUGCCUCUGUUGCUCCUGCUUCAGUGCCGCCACCAUCUUGUCAACUGACAUUUGAAGAUAUUGAAUCAGGAGAGGUUGAGGGUGUUAUCGACUCCAAUUUGGAUGAUGCUGAGCAAGAAAAACAAUGGAACAAGCGAUCUCUUCAAAUGCAACAUUCAUUGGAUAUAGCUUUCCGAUAUAAUGAAAGACUUAGUUUCAAAGAACUUAUCCGAAAACACAACCGUAAACAGGCAGCGUCACGGUUUUACACAUUGUUAGUUCUUAAGAAACAUCAGUCUGUCGAAGUGGAUCAAAGUGAGCCUUUUGGCGAUAUCUUUAUAACAAAAGGACCUCGAUUUGGACUGGUUGUUUAAUGGUUACAGUGACAUUCACUGAUGGAAGUUUUUUUUUUUUUCUAAGUUGCCAUGAUUGACUGACUGAUUGUAAAUGCUUGGGAAAUCUUUUUAUCUUAAAGUUCAGACAUGUGCGUAAUUAUAGUCAGGGGUAUAUGUGUAUUUCCUCUCUUUGGGGGAACUACUUUUAAAAAAGAAAAACAAUUGAAAAGGAGAAAGGAGCUUCAGCUAUUCUGUUUAUACAAUUGCCUCUCAGGUAAUUAAACAGGAUGAGUAUUGGGGUUUUUUUUCUUCUUUUUCAUAUAUUCAACAAUUAGGGGGGAGGGCUUAUUUUUCAAGCCUUCUUUUCUCUUAUCACUUGACUAAAUCAUUAGAUUUCUUGCACUUUACUGCUGCUGUCACUUCUGAUGCUUCUAGUCUUGCUAUAAAUACAUUUACAUUUAUUUUGAAAGGAAAACUUUUAAGAGAUAUUUCUUUUAUUUCUUCAUUCUUAAGCUCACUGCUUUCUCAGAAAUCAUCUAAGAUUUUUUCUCUCUCCAUAAUUACUAAAUAACCACUGACUCUAAGAGAUAAUGAAAAAUUCCUAGUUUUCAAAUGGCAGCAGCUGUAAUUGCAUUAGCCACAUUAUUUUAAUGUUAUCAUCAUUAGAUUAUUUUUUUAACUGUAAAGAUGUAGACUGUUUUAUAUUGUAAUGACAUGGCUGUAGGGUAUUAAUCAUCCGGCUUUAUUUGACAGGAAUUAAUAUUCAUCAACCAAUCGGUGAUGAGAGCUCAGUAUAUUUUACAUCAUCCCAUUUCAUUUUGGGAGCACCAACAUCACUCGCUUCCUUUUAUGUAAAUUUUUAAAUGUAUUCAUUAGUGUAUGUGAAAAUGCUCUUGGACAUAGGUAGGGUGUAGCCUUACUACGAUAGAUCUAUUUUUGGCUGUGCCAAUGUUAGACAGGAACUCCUUUGUUUACUUUUCCCAUUAAAGGUGCCUCCAUUUCCUUCUUCAAAAUGUUGCUUGCACAACUUAUGUACACACAUGUACUCCAACAUUCUUCAUUAUGAGGCAGUGUCAUUGUGCACCACUAAGACCUUGGAGUCCAUAGGAAUGGUUUUGCUCCUUUUUCUUUAGCUUAGGUCAUUGCUGUGUAACUACCUAAUGAAUGGUAUAAGAAUGUAUCUUCAUACAGUUUUGUGCAUUCAUGAUACAUUUUGUCCAGUGUUUCUAAAUUUUCUGCCUUCCUCUGCAGACAUGGGUCUCUUUUGAGUUGACUUGAAAUUGACGGAUGCAUGGUUGAACUGAUUGUUUUCUUUGGGGAGAUGUCCAGGUCUGCUAUUUGUCACAAAAUUGCUGUCAAGACGAAAGUUGGUACGGGAAUUGAGGAGCAGAAUUAGUUGUUUGGUUAGGGGGAGAGAGAGAGUAUUACCCAAAAGAACAAAUUACCCUUAGUUGUAGAUGACUACUAUAGACAUCACAGAUUUGCUGGUAUGUGAUGUAAAAGUUCAACCAAAUGUGUGAAGAACUGAUAGAUCUAGAAUUUAUGUUCUCAGGGUAGCAAUAUGUGUAGAUUGAAUUUUCUUUGAGCAUUGGCUUGAGUAAAUUAAUUACUAACGAUAAGGUACACAAAAAUACACUGAACCUUUAAUUGCUAAUUGAUCGGUCAUGUUGUUAUGAUACAAAAGAGAAAUGUUUUUAAAUGUUAAUGAGAUUCUGUUACAGUUUAAAAUAUCAGUCUGAGGUGUCUCCAUUCGUUUCAUUUAUUCACUAAAGGCUUUCCAAAUUUAUCCAUACUGCUUAUUUGUAUCAGGCAGGAAUUCUUUAUAUCUCAAUCAUUAAUUUUCAAACGUCUUCAGCAAUUUUCCUUUCUUUUGUUUAUUUACUAUUUUGUGGAGACUGGCAUCCAGUUUAGUUUUAAGGCAAGUAUUAAGUAUAUUUCUCCUCUAAGUUUUCCAAUUGAAGGAAAACUUUGUGGCUAGUGGAGAGCAUGAUGAAGUCAAUUGAUUUGAUUAUUUCCCUUUGUGGAGUUGGUGAAUAUUAGAUUUAACAGCAACAACAACCUCUGGCUUGGCUACAUGAUGUAGCUAAUUGUAAAUAACUUCAUUAUUUGUAUCAUUGUAAAUACAACAAUUCUGGUUAAAUAUAAUAGUGAAACCGAAAGAAAAAAAAAAGAUAAGUGCUAUGAGAUGUUUGUUCCAUUCCUACACAUUUUGUUUCUUAAAAAAAAAGAAAGAAAAAGAAAAUAAAUGAAGGAAAAAAAUUAUAUUUGAAAGUUGUCAUUUGUGUCAGUUUAAAAGUCUGUGGAAUUCUUGACUGUUAUGCUUAAUUUUAUUUUAAUUAUUUCAGCCCUGCCCUCAACUUGUUCAGUUGCAUUCAUUUCUCCACAUUCAAGCCAUUUGUUUUUACUUAAAACUCAUCAUUACUUGUUAUAUUCAAUGUCAUCCCAAAACUUUUAAACAUACUCAUCCUUAUCGUAAGAUCUGAUUUAAUUUGUUAUAAUGGUUGACUGCUUGACAUAUUUAGGUUGUUCCACUUGUUUAAAAUCAAAGUAUUUGCUAUUUUACCGUGUCGGGCUUUAUUGUUGACCCCUUCCCAAUUCCUGUUUUCAUUACACUUUCCACAUUCACUUCCAGUCUUUUCAAUUCUUGUCACUGUAAUUUGUUUUAGGCUUGGCUUUUCUAAUUUAUUCCUUGUUAUAUUAUUUCCUGUCCCUCUAUUUUUAUAUUUUUUGCUUUAUAUUUAGUUUAUCCAGUCUAAGUUGCAUUUGUUGGUGACUUUUUCACAUUGUUAUUUUUGUCCUCAAUAUUUCUAUUGUUUACAAAAAUUCCCUUGAGUGGUCGUGAGUGCUGUAGAGGUAAGUUCUUAGCAAGCCAAGCCUGCAAGCUGGUCUUGAAUCCCAGUUGUAUCUACUGCACUUCACUUGAACUAAAAUGUCUUUGACAAAGGCAUAAAUGACACACACGCAAUCUUAACUUCUCUUCAGUAGAAACUAGUUAUAUUGUGUGGAUCUUAAAGACAUCUUGUGCUUGUCAUUCCAUAUGAAGCAUGGCUCGUUUUCUAUUACAUGAAUUGUUUCAUAUCUUAUGUUCACUGCUGACGUGCUCAGUACAUUGCUUCUGAACUGUUUCAGCAAUGUCCCUUUGUUACCAUUUUGUUGUUUUUUAUUUAUUUUAUUAUUUGUGGCAGGUGCAAGGUGUACGUUCUUGUCGAAUGGGAGGGAGGGUGGCUCAGUUUUGAUUUCCAUUUCAAGAAGGUUUACUGUCCCUAAUAACCCAGAGAAAAGGUAUGAUGAACAUUGUAGCUUCACAUUUUCCAUUCUUAUUUACUAAGACCUUCAUGACCUGAUUAGUUGGGUUUUUAUAUUAUUAUUAUUAUUCCCAUCUACAUAACAUUACUCUUCAGUAGCAUAAAUUUCUCUGUUCAUAUAAUUUGGGGGUCCAGUCAACACUCAUCCAUGUUCCUUCUCACCAUUUACUUCUGUUCAUAUCCUGUAAUUAUUAGUGCCUUAUAUUAGGAGGAGGAAAUUUUACUAAGGUCCCUCUUUGGAUUCUUUCCCCACCAACCCUCUUAUAUGAAACAAAUCUUACACAUAAGGUUUUAUUGAAAUAUUCAAGUUAGAUUUUAUGUUAGGUAUCCUCUGUUCUUCCCCAAUAUGAGCUGAAUAUUUUUUUGUAUUUGUUGUUAACAUUUUAGGCACUUUUAUUCUAAAGGGUUCUGCUAAGGAUAUUAAUUCUUAUAGAAUGAUUCUCUUGUACCAAGUCAGAAGUUUUGUUGAAACAGGGGUGUAUAGAUGUGUGUGUGCUGUGAUGCAGCCAAUAUUAACAGAGAAAUAAGGUUUUCAGUCAAGUGUUCCAUUGCACUAUUCGCUAAAACAUAUUCCAAUCAACCUGCCAAUCAAUGUAUCAUAGAUCAUUACUAUCUUCAUUCUGGAACUCUGUUGAUUUUUUUAAAAUAAGGAAAAUUUUAUUCCUGAUCCCGUAGCAUUCUAUUUUGUACAAAUAAAGUCAUAAUAUAUCAA